GUACACAAAACGUAAGUACGUGUUCUUGUUGGAGGCAGGGCGCAACUACGCAAGACCUUCUAGUUUCAUACUUAGUAUGAGCUCAUAUCCUUUUCCAAACGUCUUCCAGAAAUCCAUUUACCCCUGCAGCCCUUCAAGUCAUUUUGGGGCCGAAUUACCCUUCACUACCGGUGUUUCAUACACUAGUUCAAGUUCUAACUUGAUUGAACAUACCAGGGAACGAUACCAUAAAAACUCAUUCUGACGAAGAUUACAGCUUGCCAUGCCUCGCGAAAACAGUUUUACGGACUCUGUCGGACGUUCCUUGACGCCUGACCUUGAGGACGAAUUUAUGCCAUCGCCAAGUCCAGCAUUGCGUUCCGCAUCUCUUGCUCAUAUCGAACUUCUUGCCGACGUGCAUCUUCGUUCAAUAAUUCCGGCCUCACUGCAGCCAGAACGUGCUUCUGCCAUCCAUUUUCAAACUCCCAAAGAUCGCUUCCGUGCAUGUGUUCGUAAAGUAAUUUCCAUGCACCGAACAACAACAGUCUUUUCGGGCUUCGGUCUCGCCGGUGCGGAACCUGGUGUUGACCCGCGAAGGCAGUCCGCAUACCUCCAUUAUGCGCACAUUCGUGAGCGCUGCGAGAUCCAGAUCAACGACUAUAGUACCGUGAGGAGCAGCUUUGGAAAGAUGGAUAAUGAGCGUUUCGUACAAAUGUUCAAUGAUGAGAGAAGUUCGGAGAAGGAGUCUUGGGUGAAGGUGAGGUGGAUAAAUGUGUGCGGCAUCAGCUGGGAUGUGAUGAGUGUGCUUGCCCUGAAGUACGGCCUUCAUCCCCUCGCCCUCGAAGAUGUAUUGCACAAACACGGACACACGCGCUCCAAAACGGACUACUACAAUCAACACCUCUUUAUCCAUGUCUUAUCUCACACACUCGCUUCCUCCUUUUCAUCUCACUCCUACCUACCAGAGGACGAAGACCCACUACGGAGCUUCUCACCAGGUCCAAUGACACCAGAAGACUAUCACGAGAAGGGGUACUUCAAGGAUAAUAAUGUUCAUGAUGCAGAGGCUGGUAAUGAAGAUCACACGAUGCAUGACGACAGUGUGCCUGCAACCUGGCGACUUGGAAGCACUGUCAGGAGCAAAAGGUCAGCGAAAGCUGACAUGGAGAGUGUGGCAAGGUCCAGGGAGGAUGGCUUAACCCUGCUGACAUCUGCUACACGGAAAGAGAGUGCAAAUGUCCUCCCUGCGCAGUCACGAAAACGCCGGGAGAAAGCUCGUAUGACUCUUGCUGAUCUCAAGAAGGCAGGUCGCGUGGACGUUUGUAUCCACCCGAUAUCAAUUUUCUUAUUGAGAGACGGCACAGUAAUCUCUGUCAUGCCGUCCAAUUUCAUUCAUUUCACAGGUCCCAUCAUGGCGCGUCUCCGACAGCCCGACACGGGGCUGCGUGCAUCUGCAGAUCCCAGUCUACUCGUUCAAAGUCUGCUCGACCUCAUUGUGGACUCUGCACUUGAGGUAGUGGAUGCAUUCCACGAGAAGAUAUUGCAACUAGAAUACGAUGUGUUAAUGAAGCCGAAUAUGAAAGUGGUUACAAGGCUGCACAUUCUUUCUGGUGAUUUGAUACUGCAUAAGCGGACCCUUGGGCCCCUCAAGACGGUCAUUUAUGGGCUACGGCGGUACGACGAGGACCGGUGUGCUGCACUUCUCUCACCUGCUGAGAAGGAGGUGCAAGAGCAAAGCAGAGAGAAAAUAAAGGGGUUCAUGUCCCAUAAGAGCAAAAUAUACCUGGCGGACGUACACGAUCAUAUGGAAUAUAUCCUUACAAGCAUGGAUAUGUUCGCAGGGAUAACAGAAAACCUGAUGAACUACACGUUCAAUAUAAAAUCAUACGAAAUGAAUGUAGUCAUGCGCCGCCUCACCCUCGCAACUAUCAUAUUCCUCCCGCUGACAUUGCUCACGGGUUACUUUGGAAUGAAUUUUGCAUCGAUGUGGAGUGUCAAGUACCAUUCCGACGCCCUAUUUUGGAAGAUUGCAAUCCCUCUCAUGGCAUUCGUUAUACCCUUAUUUAUGUGGUCAGACAUAAAGCAUGCUGCGCAUUACGCUGAGAAACGGUGGGCGGCAAGGAGGUCAUUGAUGACUACCAAGACAAGUUGGCGUGACUGACCGAUGCCCGCAAUAUUCAACGCGAUUGUAUUGCGUUUGGUAGAUUUCGGAGUAUUUGACGUUGCUUGCUUGCGGACUAGCGGCGAUAGCUAGAAAUGCUAAGUGUGGUUGCUACGGGACACACCUCUUUCUAAGCUGAGAACACAUGCCUUGAGUGGAGUGGACUAGCACUCCUUUGAUCACAUAUACCUUGACCGCUUUAACAUACUG